GUCAACAGCCUGCGCAAGAUGGCGGCUUGAGUGCAUAACAUCUCCAACAAAACUCCUCCAACUGUGCUGGCUUUCACUCUCACUGUCAACGCUGCGUUUCAGCCCAGAGGAUGAGAGGACGUCCCACGGACACGCGUGUUCUUAUUUCGAGCGGAGGUCGAGCGUGAGCAUCGCCGAAGAGCAGUUAUGGAAUAAAACGCCGCCGGGAGUUGAAGGGCAGUAAGGAGCCCUUUGUUUUAGCCCAGCAUGGACAGCUUCUUCAAGGCAGCUGUAUGUGAUCUAGACAAACUGCUUGAUGACUUUGAACUCAACACAGAAGAACUCGAUAGCAAAUCAGUUUUCCUGAAGCCCUCAGCAUACCCUUUCUCCUCACUGGGCUCCCAGUCUUUAUCCUUAGAGGCGUCCACUGUCCCACCAAGCCUCCCAGACCUCAAUUCUCUUCACUAUGGUUCCGCCACCAGCUGUCCUGACCCCCCCAGCAGCCACAAUUGCAGCACAAGUGAUGCAGAGGGCCAACCUGAGCCUCUCACCGGAGUGGACCUUCUAUCCUCCGUGGAUCACCGGCCGGCUAAAAGCUCUGCCCCUCCCUGCCCCGAUCGAGCUCUGAAGCCUGUGUGUGACCUUGUGAACGACACAAGCUCUGCUAUCCUUAACAGGGCUAGCAGCCAUGAUGCUUUCAGUGAACUGGACGUGGUGGAAAAGCAAAUGGAGGAGGAGGUGGAGGAAGAGGAGACCUUGCUAGUUGACUUUGACAGCCCCGUCGUCGUGGAGGAGCAAGGGGGGCUAAGCCGGAGUUCUGGCUGUGCAGACGCAAACAAGGAGCAAUCCUCCGCAGGGAAAGACGAACUGUUCAGUCUUGAUUUCCAUGGCCAGAGUGGUACGUACUCUUCCUCACUCAGUCUACUGGAUGUUAUUCUUCCUGCAGCUGUGGAAAGGCGCUGUGAUUCCUCAGAUGAUCCUCCAUCACCCAGUACCACUGAGUCAGCUAGCAGAGAGGACAGAGACUGUGAGGAGAGGGCUUCUUCAAACCAUAUGGUGGAUAACUCUGCACACAGCUAUGAACUAAAGGACACUCUGCUUGCUGCGAAGACGACAGAAACACCAACCUGGGUGAAUAAAGACACAAAAUUACAAGAAAGGUCAGAUGAAGGUGAGGCAGAGUCUUCUGCAGGUCUUAAGUCUGGGGCCUCAGAGAGUGAACCAGUGGGCUUAUCAUGCUUACCACUAGCAGUGUCCAUAUGUGGAGCUUUGGUGCAACCAAAGACCAGUGAAGAGGAGUCAGGACAAGCUACAGAGCAGUAUGCUGAGGCAGACGUGUCUGAGAGCACAGAGGCAGACUCCCUGUCAGCACUGGAAGCCAGCAAGGAUAGGUCCCGUUCAGAGGAACUGGUUUACCCGUCGGUGCUGCCUGUGAGAGGAUCUCAACAGCUCACAGAUGGCAGACUGUCACCAGAGGGGCAUCAUGUCUCUGUUCAACCUACUGCCGCUGCCUCUUCUACAAAUCAGACCUCCUCUGAUUGCUCAGAAUCCAGUCCAGUGGAUCCUCCGGAGUUUGGCUUCGAAUAUCUGCCGGAGAGUGACCAAGCUGAGCUGUUGGUGACUGACGAGGAGUUGGAUGCAUUCUUGCAGACACACACAGAAGCCGAGCAGGCCGGAAGCAUCUCCUAUUGCAGCAAUUCUGGGGAGUGUUCUCAACCUGAAAGUUUGUUGGAAACAAAUGGGAACUUUGACAGGCCCCCAGGUGAGGGUCUAAGGAGCUGUAGUCAAGCUCGACUGCAGGAGGAGGGUUUUGCGUCUCCAGAAAGUGACAGAAUGUUUGUGUCUGUGGAAGGAAGUUUUAACUCCAGUGGUCCACAACCACAUGACUCUUGUGGACCUUGCCAGGAAGAGCCAGAGAUUUCUUCUGGUGCGAGAGAAUCUUUGACCAGCAACACUCUCCUAUCUCAGCACAGUAGUUGCCCUGAUCAGCAGCAUUCCUAUGGAGGUGCAAGACCUAAACAGCUACACUGCCAAACUGCAAGAUCUCCACCAGCAAGAGAAGAAGACGAAGGGGGAGAGGAGCUUCCAACUCUUUCAAAGGGCUCAAAUGCAGCCGAGUAUGAAGAGAGUUCACCUAUAAGCCCAAGUCUAACAGAAGAGCAUUCCAGCAUUACGGGUUCAAGCCUUAUUUAUGCCAAUCAGGAGCCUCAGGAUUACGGCGUGGAAUAUGAUGAACUUUCAGAGCCCCCACCGUACCCUGGGGAGUCACCCACAGAAGGUACAAGGUCAGCGAACUGGAGGAGUGAGGAAGUGGAGGAGCUCGGCAACAGGCAGCCUGCAUGGGUGCCAGAUUCUGAAGCUCCCAACUGCAUGAACUGCUACCAGAGGUUCACUUUCACCAAGAGACGACAUCACUGUCGAGCUUGUGGCAAGGUGUACUGUGCCAUGUGCUGCAACAAGAAGUGUAAGCUGAAGUACCUGGAGAAAGAGGCUCGCGUGUGUGUCCUCUGCUUUGACGCCAUACAUAGAGCCCAGGCCCUGGAGCGGAUGAUGAGUCCCACAGGUCCCAGCCCAAACCCCAAUGUGCCAUCUGAAUACUGCAGCACCAUCCCUCCUCUACAGCAGGCCCGUGCUGCCGGCACUCUAAACUCACCUCCGCCGACCGUCAUGGUGCCCGUGUCCGUUCUCAAACACCCAAACAACGACAGUUGUCCUCGCGAGCAGAAGCGCGUCUGGUUUGCUGAUGGCAUUUUGCCCAACGGAGAGGUGGCAGACACAACCAAGCUUUCGGUGACGAGCCGCAGGAGCUCUCAAGAGUUCAGUCCAGACCAGAAUACACCCAGCCCAGCGGGGUCAGAGGGAGAAGUCAGUAUCUCCUCCUCCCCCGAAGCAUCUGGAGCAGUAGAGGUGGUUCGACCUCCGGUGACCGGACCCUGGGAUUACGGCCUACUUUCCGGAAUCGGCUCUUCAGUGAAGAGGAUCCCCAGUCUGCUACCAGACAACAACGAUGAACUCCCUCCUCUGCUCUUCACCACUGGUGCGGAUGAUGGAGGAGAUGUGUUGGUGGAGGACAGCCCUGCCCCAUGCCAGAUUCUGCACUUGUUAGAGGAUGGAGGACCCCGACCUCUGACAUUUGUCCUCAACGCCAACCUGCUAAUUAACGUUAAACUGGUUACAUACUGUGGUCAUCAGUGCUGGUGUUUUGGCUCAAACGGUCUGCAAGCUCUGGGACAGAGAGAGCUGGUAUUUUUGUUGGAGUGUUUGCCAGAGGAAAAAACUCUUCCCAAAGACCUCUUCACACUCUAUCUCACCAUUUACCAAGACGCCCAAAAAGGGAAGUUUGUGGAGGAACUGGACAACGUGACAUUCACAAGCAGUUUCCUGGGCAGUAAGGAUCACGCUGGGAUGCUCUUCUUCUCUCCCACCUGUCAGCCUCUAGAUGGCCUCACUCUCCCUCCUCAACCUUUCCUGUUUGGCCUUCUCGUUCAGAAAUUAGAGGUGCCCUGGGCCAAGGUCUUUCCGCUCAGGCUGCUCCUGCGGCUUGGUGCCAAAUACAGUGUGUAUCCCACUACGUUGACUAGUGUUCGUUUUCGGGAGUCUGCAUACCGAGAGACGGGACACACCAUUAUGAAUUUACUCGCCGACCUGAGGAACUACCAGUACAGUCUGUCAGUGGUGGAGGGCCUGACCAUCCACAUGGAGAUGGGCCACAGUUACAUCAACAUUCCCAAAAGUAGCUUCAAUGAGAUGCAGAAGGUGGUAAAUUCAUCUAACGAGCACGUCAUCAGUAUUGGAGCCAGUUUCAGCUCGGAGGCCGACUCUCACCUGGUGUGCAUUCAAAACGAGGACGGUAACUACCAGACCCAAGCGAACAGCAUGCCUGGAAAGACCCGCACAGUGACUGGGGCAAGUUUCGUGGUGUUCAAUGGAGCACUGAAGGCCUCCUCAGGCUUCAUCGCAAAGUCCAGCAUCGUCGAAGAUGGGCUGAUGGUUCAAAUCCCUCCUGAGACCAUGGAGUCUCUGCGUUCUGCCCUGAGGGAUCAAACAGACUUUCACAUACCCUGUGGCAGGAACGAUGGAGGGCAGCUCCGGGAAAACGUCACUGUCCGCUGGGUCGACUGGAGUUCACCUGUCAACACGGGAAGAACCAGUGGUGUGGAUGGCAGACCCCUGGAUGGAGUCCGCAGUGUGAGGAUGCAGCAGGACACAGAGUUUGAGUCGGAUGGUCGAACCAUCACAUGCACUGAGGUUUUCUACCAGCUGAAGAGCCCUGACAGCAGCCUGGUGUCAGUGCUGUCGUCCUGCAGUGUGUUUCAGAAGGAGAUGGCUCUGGCCGCCUGCAGUGCUCUGACUCCACACCUCACCGUUCUCACCUCGAGUGGCAUCAACUCCAUCUCUCUCCGUGUCUCCACGCAGGCUGAUAUGGUGGAGUACCAGGCAGGCUCUGGAGGCAGGCUCCUCCCUCAGCGCUACAUGAACGAGCUGGACAGCGCUCUGAUCCCCGUCAUCCAUGGAGGUAGUGCUAGCGUACCACAGACCGCCAUGGACAUGGAAUUCACCCUCUACAUCACACACACCAUCUAAUGCACGCACACAGGCACGGUGUCGAAUAAUUCCCCGUUUAUAGACGGCGGCUGAGCACAGACAGAGAAGCUGCGUGCUGUAGCUGGACAUGCUAAUGCAGCAGCGGCUCGCAGCCAAUUGCUGAGGACAUGCAGCUAUUAGCACUGUGUUCCUAUAGGGACGUAAACUGAUAUGAAAUGGGUCUUCUGUGGAGGAAGCGGUGUAUGUUUGUGCGUUCUGUGCUCACCAAAGCUGCUUUAACGCAAGAAGCCAAACACUAAACAAAGGGGACACGACCAAAUGCAACCAAAUCAUUCACACCAGUUUCCUCGGAUCUGCCUUCAAGAGUCCCUGCUGGCCUCUGUCAGCACGGAGCACCUCGGCAAAUGUUUCCCACUGACACUCGAUGGAAAUGUCUCUCACUGACUACAUUUUAAUAAGUCCUUAUUGACUUAAAUGUCGUCAAAGCGAGGGACAUUGGUGACAACAGCAUUCACGACUUCAUGUGAUCCGGUGCUGCUGUACAGCCUCUUUUAUAUCAGGCUCUGUUCUACAAACUAAAAACAAAUUGCAUAACAGGGAUGAAAAGAAAUGUAAUCUCGCUUCCUUUCAAGCAACGCUGUUUUCAUCUCACUGCUUUUUUUGUGACACUGCAGAGGAAAAUACUGGCUUUUUUAUGUUCUUAUUCUAAAUCACUGUGUUCACAUCCCCCGUUUUUCUUUUUUUAAACACAACCAAUGCCUCCUUUUCAUCAAGCAGUGCCCCUUCAUGGUAUCUGAUCAUAGCAUAAUCAACACCUUUACAAUGAACCACCUUUGUUUUUGCUGUCCUGUUGUUCCAGGUCCUGGUGCGACACUGAAAUACGAUCCGCCAAGUUCAGUUUCAGUAAGAGAACGAUCAGUUUAAGGCACAGCUCUUUGUUAGAGCUUUGCAAACGUGCAACUGCGGCAACCAUUUUACCUCUGGUAGCCAUGACAGUGUUUAUAUAGUACAGACAAAGUAAUUAAACAGAGUGACGAGCAUCAUUCUUUUUCUUUAAAAAUCAUUAAUGGCAUGAAUUCUCUUAAACCAUCAGUUCGUACCACUUUAAAGGACCAGUGUGUAGGAUUUAGUGUCAUCUAGGGGUGAAGUUGCACAUUGCAACCAACACUCUAUCUUGUAAGUGUAUGUAAGAAAUUUUAAAGAGGAAAAGACACUUUAUUCUGUGACUUCAUGAAAGAGAUAAUAUAAAAAAUAUGACAGGUUCAAAAAAUCCCUGGUUCCCAAAGACUGGGUUGGGACCCAGAGAUGGGUCGCAGGAGAUGUUUUUUGGGUCCCUGAAAAAAUGUGCAUAGUAUUCUCAAACCUUGUAGUUUUAUGUGUGUAUGUUUAAAAAAAACAUGCAUCAAACAUGUCUUGGAAAUUUAUAUGUUUACCAAUUAAAAUAAUUUAAAAAAGGAGGUAAAUCCAUGUGGGAAUCAUUGCAGUAAAUUACUGGAAGCAUAUU